AUGCACGGACGAAAUCUAAAACAACACAUUAGCCAAAAAUUGGCAGAUCUAUGCAAAUUGUAUGGACCGGUGGUCACCGUAUGGGUCGGUCCGCUCCCAAUCGUAUUGAUCAGUGAUCCGGAUAUUGUUAAACAAGCGUUUAGUAAACUUGAAUGCUUUGGAAAAUUUCAAGCAAUAUUUGGUAAUAUUUACAACACCCAUAAACAUUAUGAUGUGGCCCUAAACAAUCACUUCGAGAGUUGGCAAUGGCUUAGAAAAAUGACUCACUCAGGCAUUAGGUUUGACCAGAAAAUGAGCACUAAAUUUCAAUAUGCUAACAUAGUUCUUACACAAGACGUUAGAAAUUCAUACGCAAUCUACGAGUAUAUACCCAUAUUUCGAUAUUUUAUGUCCAAUCCAUUGGAAAAAUUACAACAAAUAUAUAACGAGUGCUUUAAUUACACAAUUAAUGAAUUGAAAACCCGUGAAAAUAAUUACGACGAGAGUAAUGAACGAGAUUUUUGCGAUCAGUUUAUCGGCGCUAACCGUAGGGCAGAGUUGAAAAGAAAGCCGGGGUUUGAGUUUUUGAAUCGUGAUAACAUUGCGGCAGUAAUUAUGGACAUUUAUUUGGCGGGACCUGAUACCACAUCUCAUCAACUCUUAUGGCUAAUAUUAUUGAUGACAUAUUAUAGCGAUUGGCAAAAUGUUAUGCGACAAGAGAUCGACGAUAAAUUGGGCGAUAGGGCGCCGGUUGUGGACGACAAACAAUGUUUGCAUAAUGUAAUGGCAUUUCUAUAUGAAACGGUUCGUUAUAGAAACGCCGCACCGAUUGCCUCACCACAUAUGGCUCUGGAAGACACGACAAUAGGCGGUAUAUAUCCAAUUCCUAACAAAACAAUAGUAAUUCAACAUUCAUAUAGUAUACUGAAAGAUGAUAAAUAUUGGCCAAAUGGUGAGCAAUUCAGUCCGGCACGUUUUCUAGACGACCAUGGGUGUUUCAGAUCACAACGCUCUUCAGCGUACAUACCGUUUGGUACGGGUAUGCGGAAGUGCCCUGGUGAAUCAAUCGUAAUCAAUGGUCUGUUUCUAAUUAUGGUAAAGUUUCUUCAGUACACUCGCAACCAUACAAUACGACUGACCGACAAAUAUUAUACACCAGAGAGCAUAGAACCCAAUCGCGACGGAAAUGCAUUG